AUGGAAGUUUGUCACUCUCCACAGCAGGACAAUGUCACUUCAUAUGGAGCCACGUUUGUGGCCAUCAUCACCCUCGAGACAUUUGCUGGCAUGUGGAUAAACGCUUUCAUUGUUUGUGUGAUCAGCAUUGCCUGGGUAAAAAAGAAAAUCUUGAACUCUAAUGAGAAGAUCUUGCUGCUUCUGUGCUGCUCCAGGWUUUGCUGUUUGUGUUUCUCCUGGGCAUAUUGCUUUCUGUCGAUAAUUUAUCCUGAUUAUCUUUAUGUUCACCCCACAUUUCAACUAACUGUAUUUUUUCAAAGCUUUUUUAAUUGUUCACACUUAUGGAUUUCUGCCUGUCUCUGUGUUUUUUAUUGUAUAAAGAUUGCCAAUGUCAGGAACUGGUUCUUCACCUACCUGAAAGUAAAAAUUGACAGAAUUGUACCUUGGCUCUUGUUGGGGUCAGUGCUUUCAGCUUUGGCUGUUGGCAUCACCAGCUAUGACAUUGCUGAUAGAAAGAUCAGGAGCAGCCACAAUUCCACCAGUCCCAGAUUUUUUUCAAAACUGAGUAACAAAAUGGAUGAAUAUUUUUUCCAUAUAUACUUUAUUUGUGGCUUUGGAUUUCUCACUUCAUUCAUUGCAGUCAUCUCUUCUGCCCUUCUCCUUCUCUUUUCUCUCUGGAGACACAAAUGCAAAAUGCAGACAAACUCCAUGAGCAGCCUCAGCGUGGAUACCCACAUCAAAGCCAUGAAAUCUAUUCUCUCCUUCUUUACCAUGUACAGCUUUAACUUUAUAUUUUUGAUCUUAUCACUGAUUCCUUCAACAAAGGAAGAAAAGUAUGUGUUUUUUCCUAGUUUACUAUUUCUGUAUGCUUUUCCAGGUGUUCAUUCCCUUAUUCUGAUUUUCAGCAAUCCCAAGAUGAAAAAGACACUGAUUCUGUGGGGGGCUCUGUUCUGUGGCAAGUGCAAGGUUUGCAUGAGGUAG